AUGGCGGCAGCAGCAGUUUAUGGAGCUAUGAAGGCACAAAAGCCGGGUUUAGAGGAGACCCAAGAGCAGAUCCAUAAGAUCAGGAUCACCCUCUCCUCGAAGAAUGUCAAAAACCUUGAGAAAGUUUGCACUGACUUGGUUCGUGGUGCCAAGGAUAAGAGACUGAGGGUUAAGGGACCAGUGAGAAUCCCCACCAAGGUUCUUAACAUCACCACCAGAAAAUCCCCUUGUGGUGAAGGAACCAACACAUUUGACAGAUUUGAGCUUCGUGUUCACAAGCGUGUUAUUGAUCUCUUCAGUUCUGCUGAUGUUGUCAAGCAGAUUACCUCUAUUACAAUUGAACCUGGUGUUGAGGUUGAAGUUACCAUCGCCGAUUAG